GCCGCAAAGCUGCUGCCACCUGCGGGCCCCUCUCCCCUUGACCCUUGGAAGCUUGGAAUCAUGGCCUUGCAGCUGUUGCCGGGCUACAGUUUCAGCCGCAACACUUCUUGGCCCUGAAUUUCCCAUCUCUGGUGAUAAGGAUGUCUGUCUACCUCCUGGUACAGGGAAAGUACCUUUCACAUGGGAGAUUUGUUUGCUGCUUUCAGAGGGGCAGAGAGAAGGUAGAAAGGAAGAAGUUUCACAAAUCUCAACAUUGGGGCUUUUGCAACAAUGUUAGCAUGCUGGUGAGUGAAAGUAAACCAGGAAUAGGUGGAGAACUGCUUGUCCACCAAAAGAUGAAGCCUAAAUACAGUGUAUUUGCUAAAGAAGUGGGAAGUAACACACCAUCCUGGGUAGCUUUUGAUAAACAGGUAUUAUCUUUUGAUGCCUAUGUAGAAGAUGAAGUGCAUGAUAAAAAAGAAAACUAUAGAAUAAGACGCUAUAAAAUCUUCUUCUACCUUGAGGAUGACACAAUUCAAGUAAAUGAACCAGAGGUGAAAAAUAGUGGACUGCCUCAAGGGACUUUUAUCCGGCGUCAUCGGAUUUCUCUUCCACCUCCUCAUGAUGAUCAGUUUUAUACUGUGUAUCAUUUCAAUAUCAACAUAGACAUUGUCUUUUAUGGCCGAACAUUCAAGAUUUAUGACUGUGAUGCAUUCACAAAAAACUUUUUGAAGAAAAUAGGAGUCAAAUUAAACCCUCCAGGACAGUGUCCAGAAGAUCCUUACCUGAAGAUAUGGAGAAAGAAGCUAGACUACAUAAAGCGCUUACAUCCCCAUGGGCCCUCCAACACCCUGAAACAGUUCCUCGAAUAUGAUAGGAAGGUUUUGCGUUUCUUCUGCCUGUGGGACGAUUCAACCUCAUUGUUCGGGAACCGUAGAGAGCUCAUCUUGCAUUACUUUCUGUCUGAUGAUACUAUCAAAAUCAAAGAAUUGCUACCACACAACUCAGGCCGGGAUGAUAUGCCAUUUUUCCUCCAGAGGAGAAAGCUGCCCAAGUAUGGCCCACCUGGAGUCUAUCAACCAGGCGAGAUAACAGAUCAAAUAGUUCUCAAUAUGUAUGGUGGCCUGGCAGUGAACCAAGUGCAUGGCUACCUGUUGGAUAAAUACAAGCUAGGAAAAUUAGAACAAGAGUUUUACAAAGAUAGUGACCUGUCCUUAGGAACUACCAUCAAUGUAUGGGGAAGGAAAGUGCUCCUUUGUGACUGUGAUGAAUUUACGAAGGCUUAUUAUAAGAAUAAAUAUGGAAUUGAGAACUUUACCUCUAUUUCAUACAAGGCUCCACCUCCUCCAAAAGUAGAAAGGAAAUUUCCACCUUAUACUGGCUUUGGUUCUGAAGAGGAUUCUCUCUGCUCUUGUAUAGGCCUCCUUCCCAAACCUUGUCCUCAUCUGAAGAACAUCAGAAAAUUCAUGGACAAAUCUAGCUAAGGCAACGAAAGCAAUGUACUCCGGUUCUUAGCAAAACUAAUCACAAACCAAUAUGCCAACAUUGGCAGGCUGUUUAUUAUUUCAUAUUUUCUCAGUGAUGACACAAUUUCAGUGUUUGAACCCACAGAGAAGAAUUCUGGUCUACGGAAGUUCUUGAAAAGAAUGCGUGUUAAGAGGCCUGGACAAGAAGUCUUUAAAAGUGAACUAUCAGAAUAUAUCAAGGUCGAGGAGCUGUAUAUUGGAGCCAAAGUGAAUGUGAAUGGCUAUGUGUUUCUUUUGCUCAGUGCUGAUGAGUACACCUUAAAAUUCAUGGAGAAGAAUUCAGAUAAGUUUCCUUUGAGCAAACUUGAACUUGCCCUAGAAAAGCUGAAAGAAAAAAUACCAAAAUCUGGAGACAUCAGGCAGGUAUUUAGGGCUGCUGACUCUGGGUUCAUGAAGAAGAUGGAUUAUAAUACAUUCAGAGACAAUUUGAUAUCCUUUUCUGCUGGAAAACUCACAGAACAAGAAAUUGUAACCAUUGCACGUCACUACAGGGUGCCCGAUGACCCUUGUCUAGACAUGAAUGUCCUAAUUGCAGUGGCCCAUGAACAGCUCAAGAAAAAUAGUUUUGAAUUUGAAAGACUCAUUUAUAGAUGUGUAUACCAAGAUCGAGAAAAAAAAAAAGUAUUACCCAGCGAAGACAUCAAAAGGCUGUGCAAGUCCUCCAGGUUACUGACUGAUGAUCUUCUAGGAUCUUUACUGUCCAUAUUUGAAAACAGUGAAGAGCAAAUCAAUUACGAGUCGUUUUUCUGUGCCCUGAACUGGAGAAUAAAUCCAAUGCCCGAACUGGUAGAAAUAUCACCUGUGAAAGAGAGAUAUGACGAUGUGUCAGUUGGAAUGCCAUCAGUUAUUUCUUUGAAAUAUAUUGACUAUUUAAAAUUUUUAAAGGACACGUAUGGCAUAGAGGAGCAGUAACAUGCCAAUUUUGCUCAACUCCUUUUGAUUUUCUGCUCUAAUUUUGCCAAGUUUAUUUCAGGAGAUGUAAUUUCAUUAAAAACAAAAAAGAAACAGUUCAUAUUGAAUUGAAAUCCAUAGACUAUAAUUAAUCUCCUUUUGUCAUUUUAGUUUUUCAUAACAUGAUAUUAUAUUGCUGAUGUACCAGCACUAAUAAAAAUGUCAUAUAAAGGAA